GUAGUGACUGUAGACGUCGAGCAUCUCCUGGUCUGUGGGCUGGGACUUGAGCUGCUUCACCUCCUCAGCGGCCUUCUGGAACGCGGCCUAGAGGGGAAGGGAGACCCCGGAGCAGGGCGAGGGUUAUUCAGAAUUAAUUCUCAUGUCAGCAGAAAGCUCAACCAUCACAGUUCGUCUUGUUCGCUCUUUUGAACACCGGAAUUUCAGACCUGUGGUGUAUCAUGGCGUUAACUUGAAUCAGACAGUAAAGCAGUUCAUUACUUUUGUGCGGAAGGAUGUGCCUUCAAGAGCAGGACUUCCUCCUCCUUUCAAAAAUUACAAGUAUGAUACAAUGAAGAUUAUUCACCAAGCACACAAAUCUAAGACUGGUGAACUUGUAGUGAGUUUGGAAGAUGAUGACAAACUGAUUUUGAAAGAAGACAGUACGCUGAAAGCAGCUGGAGUAGCAAAUGAGACUGAAUUAGCAUUCUUCUGUGAGGAAGAUUACAGAAACUACAAAGCUAAUCCUGUUUCAGCCUGGUGAAGAUCCCAAGAGAUUGUUUUGUUUUCCCAUACCUGUUGUAAAUUUUCCUUAUUCUGCUUAAUGAGAUUUUUCUUAAAGAUCAAUAAAUCCUAGAGGAUUGCUUUGCAAACAGUGCAAUUCCCUUCCUAUAGAAAUUAAUUUCUGUCAAUAUGCUAAGACUGAGAGAAGGAAAACUGGGGGAACAUAAAUGACUUUUUUCUUUCUUGCAUUUAUUUUUCCUUUGCCUCUUACAAUGCAGGCAGUGAAAUCUGUCCUGUGACACACAUUCUUGGUGUGAUCCUACAGCGGACAUUAACUACGUAUGGAGUUUAUACAGUGCACAGUAAAAUCCUAUCACGGUACCAACUUCUAAUGAAAAUAGGAACAUUUUAUGUCCAAAUCACUGGUAUUUUAGAGAGCUUGAGAAAAGAAUCUCUGUUUCAAGUCAUAGCUUUCCCUCUCAUUUUAUGUUUGGUCUCUUUUGUUUAAGUGGUGCAGACUGGCAAGUGUUUCGUGCUCUUCACUUUCCUUUAUAGUCUCUUCCAGCCCUCUUUAGUGUGGAAGCUUGCCUGUUCUUAGCUUUACUUCAUGGAAACACCUUCACAUAAGAGGUAGUAACCUGAGUUCUGCCAGGACAUCAGUGUGUAUAAGUAGGAAUUGGGCAUUUUUCCAAAUGGUGUGAAAGCUCAUGGUUUCAGUUUUAAGAAUAAAACCUGAAUAUUGCAUCUUUGAGAGGAGAGGCCCAGUCUGUGAGCCACAUGUGUUCAAAACUGGAAUUGAUUCUUUCCUGCCUUCCAAGAGCCAAAUACUGCAUUGCUAUAUGUUAGUUCUUGGUAAUUCCUGGUUUUCCUACUACAUUAACUAAAUCAAGAAUAAGAAAAAUUAGUUAUGCAUCCAAUAAAGUACCUUUAGCUAGAUACUGCUUAUGAAACUGCUUUUUAGGGGUUACCAAGAUGGUUCACUGCACCUCUGAGCCUCUCUUCACUGAAAUAGAAGUCAUGCUGGCUCUCUGCCUUAGCAGGCUUUUUGGGCAUAGGCUCUGCUAAAUCAGAUGACAUCUCAUGUGCAUUUGCUUUAGACCCACACAUCUACCCUCAGCUCUGGGUGAGAGGUGACACCACCAUUUCCACUAGAGACUUUCCAGACAAGUAAGCUUACUGUUUCCUAGAGCUUUGAUGAUUUUUUUUUAUUGACAAGUGACAGUGAAAGCAGAUGUGUGAUUUCCAACAUAUCUAAAUAAAAGUUCUCUUUACUUUAGAUGUAGGGCCAAAGAAACCUCUCUAUAUAGUUCCCACUUCAUUUUCUUCAUCUUUCCUGACAACUCUCUGGUUUAGGCUGGUUUCAGUAGCUGAUGUUACUCACCUACAGCUUUGCUUCAGAGUUUUAUUCUCUUGUGAAAGUAGCAUACCACUUUUUCAUCUGCGAUUAAAAGGCUGAUUGUAUCUUUAACUUGUAAGGAGUCAUCCUGUGUCACUGAAGUCACCUGUGGUCUCUUGGGAUUUAGAUGUGGUUAUGCAUACUCUGAUAAAUUUGUGGGGAGAAUUUACCACUUCCCUCUUUCUGUCCAAGUCACCUUUCUGAUGCUGGUACCUGCUCCCCAAACAUGGGCCCAUGUCUCAGUUACUUUCUUAUAUUGCCUGUCAUAUUUGCCAGAUUAAUCUGGCUGAUAGGAGUUUGUACUCAUCUUCUCAGACAGUUUAAGCUAAUACAUUGCCCUCCAGAGCACACCAGCUUUGUUCAGCCAAAUUUACAGUGAUGAAGGUAGCUUUGUAAGAAGUAGAUGGCAUACCGGAAAGAUCAAUGUCUUAGACUGUCCUUCCAAGGCAUGUAACUGGUAUCUGUCAGCGCACUCAGACUGAGCAAACACUCAUACUCUUCCUCCUGUUCUGGGGAUUUUAAUUUGGUCUCCAGCCCUUUCAGACAGAUUUGGAUUGUUUUUGUGAUACCUUUUCUCUAAGGCAUUUAUGUUUGAAAGAGUCAUCAAAUUUUAAUAACUGUCCUUUCUGGACUAGUACAGUUCAGUGGUACAUCUAGUGUGGCACAGUGAAAGAGCAAUUCUACAGCAUCAACAAGAAAGCAGUAAAUGUUUUAAUGCAAAUAUUCAAGAACGAUGUGGCUGGGACUCCAGACUAGCUUCUCUUUCUAAGGGAAGAGUUAAACUACUGCUUUGUGAGCUCGGUUCACUUUGGCAGUGGCACUUCAUUGGCUCCUUUCUACAGCAGCACAGUAGAGCCUUUUGUAAUGCUCUCAAUGACCACACUUGUAAACUGGAUUCUUCCUGAAGUGUUUUUCUACUGUGGUUUUUUUAAUUGGACCUUUAAUAAUACUUCUUUCAAAUAAACCCCACAAAACUAUAGAUAAUAACUGAGAACUUGUUUAGAUAGAUGCUGUUCCAACAUUUUUCGGUAGGAUAUAGUAAAGCCUUGUUUCAAAGUAGGUUUGAUUCCAGGAUCACUGAGUACCAAACAAAAUCUGUGAACACUAACUAAAGUCUGAGACAUCUUUGCCUAUGUUGUUUUGAAAUUCUUCUCCUAUUGAAGGAAACCACCUACAGAGUUAGUACCAUGGUUUGUUAUCCUGGCAGGGGUCGUGAAUUGCAUCGGUUUACAAUUACUGUUAAUCAAAGGUGGCUUCUCCAUAAUUUGUAGUGGGGUAAAUCAUAAAGCUUUACUGGUGGUGUUCCUAGACAUUGUGGGGUUAAUAAGUAUUUAUCUUUCAGUAUGAUGUCCUUGGAGCCUUUCACCAGCCUUUUUUUUUUUU